CACUGGUUAUUUAAAACGAGAAUUUAACCACUUUUUCACUUAUUUUAACAGAAUUACCUUCAGUUUUGUUUACGAGAAAUUUAGGAAACAUCAAGCCACAAAACAUGAGCCAUCACUCUUCAUGGAGAGGGCAUCAUUGUGCCCCUGGAGACAUCAACUGCACAGCAGGCUUUAAGGAGUCUUUGGCCAGCAGGAACUACAAGUUACACCAUGUGCCUUUCCAUGGGCCGACCCACAGCCACCACCAUGAGCCUCCACGACCGUUUCCCACAGUGGAUGUUCCUGAUCAUGCCCACUACAUCAUUGGCUCUGUCAUCUUAAUGGUUGGCAUCACUGGAGUGAUUGGAAACGCACUGGUGAUCUAUGUGUUCUGCCGGAGCCGUACUCUUCGCACUGCAGGGAAUAUGUUUGUGGUGAACCUGGCUGUAACUGAUUUCUUCAUGUCCCUCACUCAGUCGCCCAUGUUCUUCGCAGCCAGCCUGCACAGGCGCUGGGUAUUUGGCGAGCGCAUUUGUGAGCUCUACGCCUUUUGUGGUGCCCUCUUUGGGAUCUGUUCCAUGAUGACUUUGACUGCAAUCGCUGCUGAUCGCUGCCUAGCCAUAACUCAGCCUCUCGCCUUGGUGGGCAAUGUUAGUAGACGCAAAGCAGGCGUGGUGUUGGCCGUUGUGUGGCUCUACUCUCUGGGCUGGAGCCUUCCACCUUUCUUUGGCUGGAGCGCUUAUGUUCCAGAGGGGCUUCAGACUUCCUGUUCUUGGGACUAUAUGACCUUCACUCCAUCAGUUCGUGCGUACACCAUCCUCCUCUUCAUUUUUGUGUUCUUUAUCCCACUCGGCAUUAUUGGAAGCUGCUACUUUGGAAUUUUUCAAGCAAUUCGAGCAACGGGGAAGGAAAUUAGAGAGCUGGAUUGCGGGGAAACGCACAAGGUGUAUGAACGCAUACAGAACGAAUGGAAGAUGGCGAAAGUCGCCCUCCUGGUCAUUUUGCUUUUUGUAAUAUCCUGGUCGCCCUACUCUGUGGUGGCCCUCACCGCCACGGCUGGCUAUUCCCAUCUCCUGACCCCCUACAUGAAUUCAGUACCUGCUGUGAUCGCCAAGGCCUCAGCCAUCCAUAAUCCCAUCAUCUACGCAAUUACGCAUCCAAAGUAUCGGGCGGCUAUUGCCCGCUACAUUCCAAUACUCCGCUUCAUCUUACGUGUGAAAGAGAAGGAUCUCCGUUCCUCUUUUAGUUCCGGCAGCAUUAGUUCCCGUCGUCCGACCGUCAGCAGCCAGUGCUCCCUGGGAGUUAGCAUCGGCAAUGCAGCGCGAGCUAACGGCCGCUGGGGAAAGACACGCUUGUCUUCCGCUUCAGAUAGUGAUUCUUGCUGGACUGAGAGUGAGGCUGAUGGUUCUAGCGUCAGUUCCCUGACCUUUGGUCGUCGUGUGUCCACCGAGAUCUCUACAGAUACUAUCAUUCUUUCACCAGGGUCAAGUACUAGCACCACCAGUGGGCAGAAAUCAGAGAAAGCACACAAAGUUGUAAGCGUACCAGUGCCGUCUAUUACUUUUGAAUCAGAUGCUGCAGAUGGGGAGUCUCUGUCUGAUGGAAAGGCUUUGCUUCCUGGGGGGAACUAAGGGAAUGAUGCAACGCUUCAGGUUUAGUGUUGGGCUCGCUACUAAAAUUUAUAAUUAAUUAGUCAUUUAUUACUAGUUACUCCAUUCGAAAGUAAUAUUGUUACUUUACUUUUUACUUUCUGGCAACAGUAAUUAGUUACAGUACUAAUUAUAUACUUUUCCUUCUCGCCCCACAGAAGUUGUAAUUGUGUAUCCCCAUAAAAUGUUAACAACAUAUUUCUGCCUCAUCAUUUCACCAAAAUCUACAUUGGAUUGCAGUCAGAAGUUAUUACAAACACUCAAUGGUGAUUGAUAGUGACUUUUAAAGGGUACAUAACACAAUCUCAUGUUAAUCUUGAGUAUCUAUAGAGUAGUAUAGCAUCCUUCAUAUCUCCGAAAAGUCUUUAGUUUUAUCAGAUUUAUAAAAUAAAAGUCGAGUCUUUCCAAGUCUUUCCAAAACCAGCCAAGCUCCCGGAGGCGUGCCUUGGGCGACCAUCACAUUAUCCCUGUAUAACUUUUGAUUCAUUAUAUGUGCGUGUUGUUUACAUUAUAUGCACUUACGCGCUGACUGCCAACAAAACAGACAUUUGAUGCACCACCUGCGGUUCCGACUCAUGACCGGGAUCAUUACUGCUGU